AUGGGCAGGAAGGAGUUAAAGGGAACCCACCAUGCCAGCCCCGCUGGUGCCCCGCUGGUGGCCCCGCUGGUGGCCCCGCUGGUGGCCCCGCUGGUGGCCCUGCUGUCCCUGUGCCCGCCGUGCCGCUGCCCCCCGGCGCCCACCCAGCCCCACGCCAUCCGCCUGGAGGGUGACCUGACUCUGGGGGGGCUGUUCCCGGUGCACGCCCGCGGCCCCGCCGGCGUGCCCUGCGGGCCGGUCAAGAAGGAGAAGGGCAUCCACCGGCUGGAGGCCAUGCUGUACGCGCUGGACCGCGUCAACGGCGACCCGCGCGUGCUGCCCAACCUGACGCUGGGCGCCCGCAUCCUCGACACCUGCUCCAGGGACACGUACGCGCUGGAGCAGGCGCUGAGCUUCGUGCGCAGCCUGCUGCCCCCCGAGGGGGGCGAGGGCAGCUGCCCCGACGGCUCGGCCCCGCGCCGGCCCCCGCCCGCGCGCCUGGUCGGGGUCAUCGGGGCGUCCGCCAGCUCCGUGUCCAUCAUGGUGGCCAACGUGCUGCGGCUCUUUGCGAUCCCCCAGAUCAGCUACGCCUCCACGGCCCCCGAGCUGUCGGACCCCGGGCGUUACGAGUUCUUCUCACGGGUGGUGCCGCCGGACUCGUACCAGGCGCAGGCCAUGGUGGCCGUGGUGCGGGCGCUGGGCUGGAGCUACGUCAGCACGCUGGCCUCCGAGGGCAACUACGGCGAGAGCGGCGUCGAGGCCUUCGUGCAGAGCUCCCGCGAGGCCGGGGGCCUGUGCAUCGCCCAGUCCAUCAAGAUCCCGCGGGAGCCGAAGCCGGGGGAGUUCGCCAAGGUCAUCGGGCGCCUGAUGGAGACGUCGACCGCGCGCGGGGUCGUGCUCUUCGCCAACGAGGACGACAUCCGGCGGGUGCUGGAGGCCGCCACUCUGGCCAACCUGUCCGGCCACUUCUCGUGGGUGGGCUCGGACAGCUGGGGGGCCAAGAUGGCGCCGGUGCAGGGGCUGGAGGACGCGGCGCACGGGGCCAUCACCAUCCUGCCCAAACGAGCCUCGGUGCCCGGCUUUGAUGAGUACUUCACGUCGCGCUCGCUGGAGAACAACCGCCGCAACCUCUGGUUCCACGAGUUCUGGGAGGACGAUUUCAACUGCCGCCUGCCCCACGGCUCCGCGCCCCACGGGGACCCCGCGGGGGCACCCGGCACUCCCGUGCGCAAGUGCACAGGGCGGGAGCGCAUCGGGCGGGACUCGCCCUACGAGCAGGAGGGGAAGGUGCAGUUCGUCAUCGACGCCGUGCUGGCCAUGGCCCACGGGCUGCACUCGAUGCUGGGCGAGGCCUGCCCGGGCGGGGGGCUCUGUGCCCACAUGGACCCCCCCGAUGGGCGCCGCCUGCUCACCCACAUCCGCAGGGUGGCCUUCAACGGCAGCGCAGGGACGCCCGUGUCCUUCAACGAGAACGGAGACGCCCCCGGGCGCUACGACAUCUUCCAGUUCCAGGGGGGCAACGGCACCGGGGCCUACCGGGCUGUGGGGCAGUGGGUGCAGGGGCUGCACCUGCAGGAGGACGCCAUGGCCUGGGGCUCCAACUCGUCGUCGCCGCCGCCCUCGGUGUGCAGCCUGCCGUGCGGCCCCGGCGAGCGCAAGAAGCCGGUGAAGGGGGUUCCGUGCUGCUGGCACUGCGAGCUCUGCGGGGGCUACCAGUACCGGGCCGACCUGUUCACCUGCCUGCCCUGCGCCUCUCACCUGCGCCCCACGCCCAACCGCACCGCCUGCCGCCCCACGCCCGUGCUGCGCCUCAGCUGGGGCCACCCCUGCGCCGCCGUCCCGCUGGCCCUGGCCACACUGGGGCUCAUGGCCACCGCCUUCGUGCUGGCCACCUUCGUGCGGCACCACGAGACGCCCAUCGUCAAAGCGUCGGGGCGAGAGCUGAGCUACGUGCUGCUGGCUGGAAUCGCCCUGGUCUACGCCAUCACCUUCCUCAUGGUGGCCGAGCCCGGCGUGGGGGUCUGCGCCCUGCGGAGACUCUUCCUGGGCGCGGGCAUGAGCCUGACCUACGCUGCACUGCUGACCAAGACAAACCGCAUCUACCGCAUCUUCGAGCAGGGGAAGCGUUCGGUGACGCCACCGCGCUUCAUCAGCCCCACCUCGCAGCUGGUCAUCACCUUCACGCUCAGCGGGCUGCAGCUGGUGGCCGCGGCCACCUGGCUGCUGGUGCGGCCACCCCACGCCCUCAUCGACUACGAGAUGGGCCGGACCCCCGACCCCGAGGCGGCGCGGGGGGUCCUGCGCUGCGACAUGGCCGAGGGGGCCAUGCUGGCCUGCCUGGCCUACGCCCUGCUGCUGAUGCUCACCUGCACCGUGUACGCCGUCAAAGCGCGCGGCGUCCCCGAGACCUUCAAUGAGGCCAAGCCCAUCGGCUUCGCCAUGUACACCACCUGCGUGGUGUGGCUCGCCUUCGGGCCCAUCUUCUUCGGCGCCGCCCAGUCGGCAGAGAGGGUGCACGUGCAGACGGCCACGCUGACGGUGUCCAUGUCCCUGUCGGCCUCAGUGCCCCUGGGGCUCCUCUACGCCCCCAAGGUCUACGUGAUCCUGCUGCACCCCGAGCGCAACCAGCCCAAGCGGCGCGGUGCCGACCCCCCCCCGUAG